ACCGCCAUCUACCUGAGAUGGCUGCCCCGCCAAAAGAGGUACUGCUCGUUGGGCUUGGUGCCGUGGGAGGGAUAUACAGUCUGAUCCUCAAGCGAAGCGGCCUUGCUCGAGUUACGGUAGCGGCGAGGAGUAACUACUCAAUCGUCAACUCGGAAGGAUUGCACUUCAAGAGUCAGAAGUACGGCGAAAUCACCGGAUGGAGGCCCGAUCGACUCACCAGCUCUGUCGCCGCCGCAGCCAACCAGAAUUACGACUACGUCUUUGUGACCACCAAAUGCAUACCGGACAUCGUCAAGACACCUACGCUCCUCGCGCCGCUGCUCUCUUCCCCCUACGUCGAUGAACACCCUCAACCUGUAUACGUGCUUAUGCAGAACGGUUUGAACGUCGAGAAGGAUCUCUAUAAUGCUAUCAAGGCUCUCGGGAAGGGAGAGCCUCGCAUAAUCAGCAGUUCCGUGUUUAUCGGCACAAACCUCAUCGCGCCGAACGUUGUUGGGCAUAAUGACUUUGACCGCGUGACCCUCGGCAUCUACCGCCACAACGACUUCACCACGACCACCAACACCCCCGACGAACAAGCCCUGCUCGACGACCUCGCCCGCAUGCUUUCCUCAGGCGGCAGCACCGUCAGCGUCGUCCCCGAGAUCCAGCGCAAAAAGUUCGCGAAGAACUUUUGGAACGUGGGCUUCUCGUCGUUCGCGACGCUGACGGGGUACACGGUCCCCGCGCUGUUCAGGCCACCCCCCGGGGAGGGCCAGGAGCGGUAUGCGCCGUACGUGUGGCCGCAGACGAAGGGGGAGAUCGAGGAGUAUACGAUCGGGGCGCUGAGGGGGGUGCUGGGGGAGUUGGUGGAGCUGGGACGCGCCCUUGGGUUCCCUGAUUCCGAGGAUGGACUCCCGUCCUCGUUGGUAGACUCGACGAUCGAGAACACGAAGAAGAUACAGUCCGUGCCCGACAUGAAGCACAUCCCGAGCAUGCUGUUGGAUGCGCAGAAGGGUUUGCCGAUAGAGGUCGAGGUAAUCGUCGGCGAGGUCGUGCGCAUGGCGCGCGAGAGAGGUGUCAGCGUGCCGCGCGUGGAGCUGCUCUACGGUCUUCUGCUGGUAAAGCAGAAUCAGAUACUACGUGAGCAGGCCGAGAAGUCCCAAGCAUGAUUCGGGGCGUGGGGUAUAGGAUUACAGGUAUAGAUGUGUAUGUCCAAGAUGAGUGGAUACAACAAGAAUAUUUACGUGAAUCGCGAGCUUAGAGGAGACAGCAAAGCAUUUCAAACCCCUCCUUUCACCGCACCUUCACUCCGACCCGCUAUCCUCGAUGACCGCCGCACUCACUAUUCGAGGCUUCCGCUUACCUUUUGAUGUCGACGUAGAACGGGAAUCUGCGGUCGACCGAGUGGUGCGUCUGAUGGUCCUCAGAGACGAAGCAGCGGCAGCUUGCGAUAAGUUGUCGACAACUGCUUGUGAUGAGGCGGCCU